CAGCCUGGGAAAGUUCUUGCAAGGAAACGACAUGGUUUGAGAUCACCGAUGAGGUGCCUUAAUAAUUAAUGAUAUGAUUGAUCUGUGCGAGCAUUUCGAUCCGGCAGAUGCUCCGCGGCUGCACGGAGGUGUGCCUCUGUACGCGGGCGUGCCUUUCGGAUCCCCUCCCUCUACCUGAAGCGAGCGCACCUGGAUCCAGCGAGACGGAAGUAGCCUGUAAUCACCGUGCCGAUCCCCGGCUGAAAUGUCACAAUUCCGGCUUGAGUGUAGGGGAUCGUGUGCGAUUGAUAGACUGCUUCCCCCGAGCGUCUGACAUGAUGCCCCCCGGAUUCGUCUGGACCUCGUGCUGCUUGCUGGAGUAAGUUACGCUUUAUCCGGGAAAGGAGAUCAAACGUAACCGGGUUAAUAUUCAAUGAUUCUGAACGUUUCAUCUUUGCUCAAGAGUUGCCUCAAUCGAUAAUUAAUUUUUGGACGUUACCCAGGACCAUGACAGCUUUUCGUAGAUUUAUGAGAAGGCGAUUGCACCCAUGGAAACUGGCGAUAGUGGCCCUUAUUUUCAUUACUUUCCUGUUCCUCAUCCAGCGUGAGGUGGUCAGCCAGGGUCCCAAGGAGGAGCCCUGGAUGAGGGAUUUUGUGGGCAAACGGGAUGCCGUUCUGGGCAUGGUGAUGGGGGCAGUCAACAACUUAAGGGAUGCUAUGCCGAAAAUGCAGAUAAAAGCUCCGGUCCGCCAAUCGGAAGCAGAAGGAAAGCAGACCUGCCUGCCAGGCUAUUACACCGCUGCUGAGCUCCGGCCAGUCCUGGAGCGGCCGCCCCAAAACCCCAGCUCCCCUGGGGCUUCCGGAAAGCCAUUUCAGAUGGUUGACCUCAGUCUGGCCGAGCAGGAAGAGAAGCGAAGGGGUGAAGAGAAGCACUGCUUCAACCUCUUCGCCAGCGAUCGCAUCUCACUCAGUCGAGACCUGGGCCCAGACUCCCGACCGCCAGAGUGCAUCGAACAGGUGUUCAAGCGUUGCCCGCCCCUGAUGACCACCAGCGUCAUCAUCGUAUUCCAUAACGAGGCUUGGAGCACACUCCUGAGGACGGUGUACAGUGUGCUUCACACCUCUCCCGCCAUAUUCCUGAAGGAGAUCAUCCUGGUGGAUGACGCUAGCGUCGACGAGAUCCUGAAAGAUGAGUUGGAUGAUUAUCUGAAGCAGCUGCAGCUCGUCCGGGUGGUACGGCAGCGGGAGCGGAAGGGUCUGAUCACGGCCCGCUUGCUGGGAGCCUCGGUCGCCACUGGCGAUGUCCUCACUUUCCUCGACGCACACUGUGAGUGCUUUCAUGGCUGGCUGGAGCCCUUGCUGGCCAGGAUAGCGGAGAACCACACCGCAGUCGUGAGUCCCGACAUCAACACCAUCGACCUCAAUACAUUUGAGUUCAUGAAACCAUCACCCUAUGGGCAGAAUCACAACCGUGGUAACUUCGACUGGGGUCUGUCCUUCGGCUGGGAGGGUCUUCCCGACAUGGAGAAGCAGCGCAGGAAGGACGAGACCUACCCAAUCAAAACGCCAACGUUUGCCGGGGGACUGUUUUCAAUUUCCAAAGAUUACUUUUAUCAUAUUGGAAGCUAUGAUGAAGCAAUGGAAAUCUGGGGGGGUGAGAACAUCGAGAUGUCUUUUCGGGUGUGGCAGUGUGGAGGUCAGCUGGAGAUCAUUCCCUGCAGUGUUGUGGGUCACGUCUUCCGUACCAAGAGCCCCCACACCUUUCCGAAGGGAACCCAAGUGAUCGCCCGCAAUCAAGUGCGCCUGGCCGAGGUCUGGAUGGACGAAUACAAGGAGAUCUUUUACCGCAGGAAUCCGCAAGCAUCUCAGAUGUCCAAGGAAAAAUCCUUUGGAGACAUCUCCAGGCGUGUGGACCUCCGGCAACGUCUACAGUGCAAGAGUUUCUCCUGGUAUUUGGAGAACAUUUACCCAGAGGUUUUCCUGCCCGAUCUCAACCCGCUGAAAUUUGGCUCGGUGAAGAACAUGGAUAACAACCUGUGUCUUGAUGCGGGCGAGAACAAUGAGGGGGGCAAAAACAUCAUCAUGUACCCCUGUCAUGGGCUUGGAGGAAACCAGUAUUUUGAGUACUCGACGCGUCACGAGCUGCGGCACAACAUCCAGAAGGAGCUGUGUAUGCAUGCGACGCAGGCCGACGUGAAACUGCAGGACUGCCAGUACAAGGGACGUGACUCGUUCGUCGCAGCUGAACAGAACUGGGAAUUUCAGGGCCAGCAGCUUUUUAAUCCUGCACUGAAGAUGUGUCUUGGUGUCGUUCAGAAAAAACCACACAUGGCUUCCUGUAACCCCACUGAUCAAUCCCAACUUUGGAUGUUUACCUGAGGAUCCAAUAAUACGUCUGGAUGCUCGCAGAAAGGGGUUAUGGGAGAACUUUUUUGUGAUGGGAGAUUAAUUUUUAUUGGGUUUUAAUUUAUUUUUUUAUGUGUGAAAUACACUAUGCUGGGUAGUCUUGAAUUUUUUGUGCAGGGAAAAACCUGCUUCAACGGGAAAAAGGCACAUAAACGUCAUUCUGGAUGUAUCUAAUUUGUGUUUUUAGCUGCUUUAGUGUUUCAGGUUCCCCACAAGGACACCUCUUGGUGCUGGAAGUCAGUAAUGUAGAUAUCGGAAUAUUAGAUAUUCUGCUGAGUAGAUUUUAAGGACCAUGCAGUACUCGUAUAUGACUAACUGACCAUGGCAGAGGAGUGCAGGGAACAACAUCGCUGAAGAAAGAUGACUUUGUUAGUAUCUUGAUCCUUUUUUUUGAUUAGUCGUGAUUAAGAGCUACCUUGCCCGCUAGUUUUUACAUGUGAAACAGGGAGAGAGAAGGAGUACGUAUUCUGAAAAUACUGAAGUACCAAAGAUAUUUCUGAAGGGUUAUUUAUGAAUCGAUAUUUUUUUAGAAUUUAUUGUUAGCCUUGUCAUAAUUUAGUCACGCAAUAAUAUGUGUAUAAAAAUGGGUUAAAAAUAGACACCUUUUGCCUCUGUACUUUGUAGUCAUUAGAAAGCACUUUCCAAAGUGACUUAACGACCUUAAAUACCACAGUGUCUUCGAGAUUGAAGUGAUGCAGCCUUGAGCUUGGGAAAACGGUGUUAAAUAUUAUGAGGGAUUUGAAAGCGUAUAUUUUCAGGGAUGCACAAUUCAAGGAGGGAUCAGUAGGGAUGGAAUCUGGUGAACUUGGUAUAUUUUGCAUGCUCUGUAACUUCUUUUCUUUCAGAUGUAAUGUGAUGGUGUCAGACUCUCCAAGGCCACUGAAUGUACUGAUUUAUAAUCAGCUUCAGAUCAUAAUGACUUUGAACACUGAGGUGUCAUGAUGAUGCAGGUGUUUGUCAUCCAUAUCAAAAGUUUCUUUAGUGCUGGAGUCGUACUCCAGUUAUUAAUGAUUUAAACAGUACUAACAUAUCAUGCCAACGUUGCGUACUGUAUAUUUUUUGUAUCUUUUAAUUUGGUUUAAAAUAUACCUAACUGGCAUAUUUAACUUUAAUAACUGAGUUCUUAAAAUGGUAGCAAAGGGUGUAUUUCAGCAGUAUUAAGUGUGUGAAAAUGCUUUUAUAAAGCAUAUGGCAAAAGUAAGCUUGUAUCUGUAAGUAGAAGUGAAAUUACAUGACUCGAUUAUGCCCUAGAAUUAAGUGAGAGAACUUAAUAUCCACAUGGAUACAAUGUCCUUUUAUUCCUAUGAAGAACCUGGUGUGAUAUGGGGGGAGGGGGGGUCAUAAACAAUGUGGGCCCAACUGAUUGUCUUGCCAUGGUUGAAAUUAUUUAAUUGGGUUUACUGGUACUGUUUGGUGUUGGAUGCUGUAUUGCUGGAAAGAGCAGGUCAUUUUUAAAAUACCUAACUCACUUUCUUGCACACAA